AUGUCUGAAACUCCAGAAUUCAAUGAGCUUGGCGAGCUUCAUAAAGAUCUAAAAGCCCUUGACGAGGAUCUUAAAGACCUUAAUGAAGACCUGACCUAUUUGGUUUCCUGGAAAGAAUUCUUCGUUCGUCUGUUUGAAGCCGGUCUCAAACAGCACGAAAAAGACGAAACCGAAUUGGCUCAGUAUAGAAACUUUCUCGGUCGUGUGAGUGAAGGAGGUCUCCUUCCAACCUCUUGCAAGUUUGAUAGAGAGCUGAAAAAAUUGGACAACCCUGAUGAUUUUGUCGGGGUUUGGAUGGAUGACAUAGUAUUGAUGAUAAUGAAGCAAAAGGUCGACAGGAAGAUGCAGACAAAGAAGCAGCAGAUUUUGGACAAGGAGGAAGAAAUUCGGGAUAAGAAGAAGGUGAUUGAGGAGGAGGAGUCUAUGACCGAGGAGCAGAUAAGGGAGCGAGGAAUCAAGUCGUACAGGUGGUAG